AAAAAAAGUUAUUGAAUUAAAAAAAAUAUAAUGUCAAAGCAUAGAUUGAUUUUAAACUAUUCACCAAUUAUAUCAAAUCUGUGUCUUACAGAUCAAAGUUAGCAAAAGUUGAAUCAGAUCAAGUUAAUCGGCUUGUUAUUUUUUAUUACUAAAGACGAUGCCUAAUUCUCAUCAUGAGGAAAUAAACUAUCUUCCUGACUAUUCUGGACGUCAUAACCCUCAUCCACAGAGAGUAACACAUUUCACAGGUUUUUUAGGCCUACCAGUACCAAUUGUCAAUGAUCCAGGUUUUUCAUCACACGACCGUUACACAUCACCUUCAAGAAGCAUUACAUCCAAUUCACUUGAUUUAAAACGUACCAAUUUUCCUAUUGGUUUAUCACCAAGUUAUUAUACAGAUCAUUUACUGAAUAACUCGUUAAAAUUAACUAAACGAGAUCACACCAACAGCAUCGAUUCGCUCAGUAGAUCAGGGAGAUCUAUCUAUACUGUUCAUCAUGUUCCUGUUAGUAUCCUUCCACUAUCACGGAUACGUCGAAGAAUUCCUCAGUUGGAUACUAUAAAUGGAUUAAAAUAUUUCACUGGCUUGCAAAACUAUUCUGCUCGUGAACGUCCUCCUCUAAUUGGUCCGUUGAUUGACUCUGAUGCGAGUCGAAUGAAAGAAGUGAAGCAAUCACAAGAAUUUUUAAAUGAAACCAAACAAAUGAGUUUUCUGAAUAAACAUUUAUCAGGACGUAAAUUGAAGUGGCAAAAUGAAUUGGGCUAUCUUACAGGGACUAUUUUAAAUCAAUUAAAAAUACCAAUAUUAGAUGGUAACAAUUAUGCUCAGCAGUCUGAUCGAUACAGUAAUACUUUCAACAGAUCUGAUUAUCAUUAUUUGCAAUCAGAUAUGAACGAAAGAAUUCCAUAUGUCACAAAUAAUCAAACAGAAAUAUUGAACAGAAAUCAAAAUUCAUCAGGUGAAUUACUUUAUUCAAGUAAAACUGGUCGACUUCUACCUCCAUCGAAUAGCAGCAGAUGCAAUCGAACACGUAGUCAUGCUUCUAUCUAUGAUAGAAAUCAAUGUUCAAAUAAAACAUCUUCAAUGAAUGAUUUGUUUCGUGAUUAUGAAAUUCAAGUUUUUUCAAUGAUCUGUAGUAUUUUACAAACAAAUGAUUUGAAUGCUGUUCAACAUUGGUUAGAAAAUGCUACAGACAGAGAGAAAAAUUUAAUUAUCAGUUUAGUUUCUACUGCACUAUCCCAUCAAGAUGCAUAUUUCAAUGGCAAACAGAAUCAUGCAAAUUGUCAACAACCUGAAUCGGACACACAUUGGUCUCGAAGAGAGAAAAACUUGAAUAUGAAUACAGAGAUAGAAGAGAAGAAUGUGAAGAGUUGUAGUACUACAACUGAUCGUUUGGUUAUAGACGAUGUUCAUAAUAUAAAUGAAACACAUAGCAGAGGUAUACAAGCUAAUCUCCUUGACGCAACAUCAAAUCAAACUGUGAACAGUGACGAUACGGAUAUGAAGACAUCAAUUAAUAAUACAAAUGUUUCUUCUAGUCUAUGUCAAACACCUCUGAAAUCCUGUUGGAGACAAAAUGAAUCCAUAGGAGUCCCCUGAAUUCUAAACGGAUAUCUCAAAAGAAAAUGAAAACAGUGAUUAUUUCACCUUGAACACAUCUAUUUUGAAAUGUUUGUUCAGCAGUCCCUAAAGUGUAGUAGAACUUAGCAAUAACUAAUUAUUGAGAUGCCAAACAGAUUACCUACCUUAUUCAUUUGCUGGAAGUUACAUAUAAAGCAGUGGAUGUUGUUUCUUAGUUUCUUAAAUAAGUUUCUUCCAAUUUCUAAUGAUUUAUGCAGAAUGUAUAACAAGUUUAAUCGGUCUACAAUAAAUGAAUACUUACUCUCUUCCCU